AUCAUCCUACAUUAGAUAUUGCCACUUCACAUCGCUGGACGGUAGCUAUUCUGUCCUUGGCUACUGUCGGAUGAUCUAGUCACAUUUUAACACGGAUCAACUAUGGGUGUGUUUGGAGCGGCUAGUAUGCCCUUUAUAGCUGGCGUGGCCCUUUUAGGGAGCGCAAUCCUUCAUAUUGUGGUUUUUAUAGCCCCAAACUGGGCAGAUGAUGGAACCCAUUCCCUGGGACUGUGGCGGUACGGGAAAUGUAGGGAUCUCGAUUUCCAUAACUGUUACAAACACGACCACGUGGAUACUCAGUUAGAUGACUGGUUCCAGGUCGUACGAGCCAUGGGAUGUGUGGCCAUCAUCGGUCUGGCUCUUCCUCUCGUUAUACUGCCAGUCUACAUGUAUAUCGCCCUUGGCAUGUAUUACCGAAGGAUGAUGGGCUUCAUGGCAUUCUGUAGCUUCCUGGCAAUGAUCUGCAUUGCGGCAGGAGUGGUCGUGUUUGUGAUCGGCGCUACAGACAAAGGCUGGUCCUUGGAAUGGUGUUUCAUCGUCGAAAUUGUCGCUGGUCUCUUCGCUUUUAUUGGCUUUGUGGUUUUUCUGGCGGUGCUUCUGACAAGACGGCCAGAGGGUCUGAAGCCAGAUUAUUAUCCGAGUACCAUACAUGUGGACCCCGACAGGCCCAAACUCUACCUUGUACAAACUGAGCCAUACUGACAUUUUAUAACAAUGUGUUCUUUUGUCGCGCCAUGUUGUCGUACAGAUUAAAAAAUAGAUUACAUUUAAUGUGCAUUGCAGCUGCGUGGGUGUAAAUAAGGCGGAUAACCUAUGUAUUUAUCUACACUCGUGCGUAAGAUUUCCUCAUGGCAAACAAAAACAUGUAAAAAUACUAGUCUUAUAAAAAUUAUACAUUAGCGAGAAGGUAUGGUUUACUUCAAUAUCACGAAAUGUGUAACCAAUAAACCUGUACGUAGUUCAAAUGUACGCAAGCUUUCACGUUGUUGAGAUUACCCGUACACCGGAAAUGAGUACUAUGGAGGUGGAGAAUGACACAUAGGAUAGGUUUUAGACAGAUUGGCAGUGUCUUAUACACUAUCAAAUAUAUUUUAUAUAUGAUCCAUAUCCGAUUCUUGGACGCUCUGCAUUAGAUAUUUUCUUGAUUCUCAUGGGUGAUAAAUUGACCCAUACUGCCAUGUAUCCCAAUCGCAGCGACGGUUUGAGGAACUUCCCUAAUAAUAAUAUUUAUGUUCUACAGCCAAUUUUUAGGCCAGGAAGUUAUGAAAAAUCGUUAAACUUUUAAACACCCGUACAUCUGGUCAUUUUUAUUUCGUUCUGGUAAAGCAUUUAUAACGACAAAAUCCAUCGAGUAUACAUACUAAUUGUAUACCAUAAUACAUUCAAAUAACAUGAAAAAUGUUACUCUGGAGAUGUUAAUGAUCCUUUAUCAUGAUUCAUCGUCACCUGCCACUGUGAUUACGGUACUUAAUAACAUGUUUUCAGCAGUAUUAACAAAACCUACCCGAUCGCGAGUGUCGUUGAUUUAAAACCUCCUUCGUACCUAUUUCCGGUGUACGGUUAUAAUACAAUGGAAAUCGAUACUCCAUGUUUUGUGAAAUGUAAACGGCGAGAUACACAGUUAAGUCGGGUAUAUAGCUGCAGGACUCUACUUGUAGUGUUAGCACAAUAAUUGCAAACAAAUUUACAAACUGCUUUUUUUCAUUUCAUUUAAAUUUCUGACUGGAACAGAGGUGGCCGAAUAAAUGGAGCUCGAGCGUAAACCAAACGCAUGUCAUGGUAUUUUAGUUUAUAGAUGAAAAGAUUAAAUGACCGGAACAAUGUAUUUUCUCUUCUAUAAUAUUUAUUAAGGCCCAUUCUUAUUUCCCCGCCAUCUUUUGUGGAUUUCCAAACUUUAGCAUCACUUGUGAUUCCUAGAACGACAGAGCAGCUAUCCGAUACCCAUCAGUUGGUGUAUCCGCUGUUAAAUUCGUGCCUUGGUGUGCUUUCAUUGUGUGUCUUGACUCUUGAAUACAAUCCUUGGAACGUAGACAAUGUACAUGGAAGAUAUCAACACGGACUUUGAUAAAUGGAUACCGGUAUUACCGACCACUGGAUAUUAUACAGGACUACAGUAUUACCUAAAUUAUCCUAAAUUACUUGUUCCUGCGCAUGCUAUAGAAUAACUAGUAAUGUUUCCCGGACAAUAUUGGGAAGGGAGUCAUACUAGGAUACAAAGAAUCUGACAACUAGAAAUGUUUAUGCUUUUUUAAAUAUAUGUAUUUUAUACAAAGUUAUGUAUUUUAUUGAAUAAAAAUCAGAUAAUGCCA